AAGGCUCCAGGAGAGUGGUGGAGGGUCGGCCGCUGAGGAGCCCGGCCUGAAACGAGCUCACAGGACCUCUCUGUUGCGGAUGGAGCAGAGCUCAUCUCCCGCCUGCUCGCCGGGACUGCGCUGGUGUGCGGGUGGGGGGCGGGAGCAGGACGUGCUGCAGUGUGGAGGAGGGUCCCUCCCGCCCUGUCCCUCUUCCUCCCCGCCGAGCUCGGGGUGCGGGAUCCCGCUGCGCCCGGCCCGGCCCGGCCCGGCCCGCGGGGGCAGCGCUGAGGGGUGUUCCUGGAGACGGGACACUGCUGACAGGUGCCGUGCACCAGUGUACAGAGAGCGAGAGCCCAGGCCUCUGGCUGGGUAAAAUCCCUCCUGGGGAGACGUAUCUGCUGUGCUGGAGCCUGUGGCAGCCGUGGGCCUUCCAUUCACAGCAGGAGCUGGAGGAGCAGGACGCAGGAGGUCUGCAGGCAGGGUCUGAAGGUGCAGAAGUCCCUCGUGUCGUCCUGACUGGGACUGGGGGCAGGAGUCCCCAAGGUGGUUGGCACCACAGCCAGUAAAACAGCAGCUGCAGCAGGAGCCAGUCCAGCACCAAGAGCUCUGGGGGCAGAACGUGAUGCAGGCCAUGCAGCCCCCUUCCAUGGCCAAGCUGCCCUCCAUGACCCCACAGCUGGCACCGCGGGAUGAGCUCCCCACCCCAGAGCCCUGGCGCCAGCUCUUCCGUGGCCUGCGCUACCAGGAAGCCGAGGGCCCACAGAAGAUUUGCAGCCGCCUGCGGGAGCUCUGCCGGCACUGGCUGGAGCCCCAGCGCCGCAGCAAGGAGCAGAUCCUGGAGCUGGUGGUGCUGGAGCAGUUCCUGGCCAUCCUGCCUCAGGAGAUGCAGAGCUUGGUGUGCAGGUGCCGCAUGGAGACUUGCACCGAGGCCGUGGCCCUGGCUGAGGGGUUUCAGCUGGGGAAGGCAGAGGAAGAAAAGCUCCAGGUCACAGUGCGUGUGAAGGUCGAGGAGGUGUCCUCAGACAAGAUGCAGCCCACUGGGGCCCUGCCAGAGUGUGCUGAUUCCUGGGUGGAGGAGCCAAAGGCUUAUGAGGACAGGCCUCUGGUGGAGGCAGGAGAGAAAAAAACCCGAGGGCCUGAGCACGAGCCACAUCAUGUCCCAAAAGAGGAGCUCCCGCCCAACCUGGAGCCAGGUGCUGGGACCCUGAGCCGAGCAGAUCAGCAGUCUCCCAAGGAAGGGCAUGUAAACCUGGAGCUGCAGAGACCUUCCCCAGGGAGACAGAGACAGAGUGGCUCCCCAACACCUGGGCCAGGCCAGCUUCAGAAGGGGCAGGGCAGGCCAGCAAAGCAGAGGGAGAGCAUGAAGCUCCGGGAGGCGUUUGAGGAUGUGGCAGUGUAUUUCACACAGGAGGAGUGGGAGCUGCUGGAAGAGGAGGACAAGGGGCUUUACCGGGACCAGAUGCUGAGGAACUACCAAGCCCUCAUUUCCCUAGCAGGAUAUCGAGGUCCCACACCUGACUUGAUCUGCCGCAUCCAGCGAGGACAGGUAGAGCUCUGGGUCUGUGAUGAUGAGGACCGUGGCAAAAUCUUGAGCUCGGAGGAUCUGCUGCCAGGACAUGCCUGGUUGCUGAGCAGAACUGAGGAGCAGGCUCCUGAGGAAGGGCCUGGAAAGCUGAAGCCACCAUGGGCUUCCCCGGGGAGUAUGGGUGAGGUGGAUUCCCUGAGCCCAGCGAAGGACCAACGGCACAAGGGUCAGGGGAUGCCCCAAAAGCAGGAGAAUGUAGAAGUGAACGAGGUCCCAUCUCUAGUUGGGCAUUGGAGUGUAGAAGGUAAAGAAACCAGAAAAUCCCCAAGGUACAGGGACGAAUAUGUCAUGAUGAGACACCUGAAGAGGCAGAAAGCAAAGGUCCGCUGGAGAGAGAGACUGCAUGCAAACCAAGGCAGUGUGGGGGGCCUCAGAGGGAAGCAGGAGCUCACUGCCAAGCCCAGGGGGAGAGCCCACCCCAGCCAUCAGUGCAGGAAAAGUUUUAGCUGUCCCUCAGUCCUGGCUCUGCACAAGAUAAGGCAUGCUGGGGAGAAGCCCCAUGUAUGCGUCACGUAUGGGAAGAGCUUCACCUGCCUCUCAACCCUGGCUGCUCACCAACAGAUCCAUUCUGGACAGCUCCCCCACCGCUUCACCAAAAGGGGGAAGACCUUUGUGCGCUGCUUGGAGCUGCUCAAAACCCAACAUGUGCACAGUAAGAAGUGUCAGUACCACUGUGUCACAUCUGGUAAGACCUUCACCCAUUUCUUCUCUGUGGUUCAGCACCAGUGCAUGCACUUGGGGAGGAAGAUGCACCGCUGCACCAAGUGCAGGAAGAAUUUCAUCAGCUGGCAAGGCCUGUCCCAGCACCGGUGUGUGCAGAGGAGGCAGCAGCCACACUGCUGCACAAAGUGUGGGAAGAGCUUCAGGCAGCCCUCCAGCCUGGCCAAGCACAGGUGUAUGCACACAAGGGAGGAGUCACAUCAUUGUUCUGUGUGUGGGAAGAGCUUCACCCGCUCCUCCAGCCUGGUCCGGCACCAGCAUGUCCACACAGGAGAGAAGCCACAUCAGUGCUCUGUGUGUGGGAAGAGCUUCACCCAGUCCUCCUACCUGACCGAGCACCAGCGCAUCCACACAGGGGAGAAGCUACAUCACUGCUCUGUGUGUGGGAAGAACUUCACCCGUUCCUUCAGCCUGGCCCGGCAUCAGAUGAUCCACACUGGGGAGAAGCCACAUCAGUGCUCUGAAUGUGGGAAAAGCUUCCCUCAAUCCUACAGGCUGGCCCAACACCAGCGAGUCCACACAGGGGAGAAGCCAUAUCAGUGCUCUGAGUGUGGGAAGAGUUUUGCCUACUCUUCCCGUCUGGCUGAACACCAGCGCAUCCACACGGGGGAGAAGCCACAUCACUGCUCUGUGUGUGGGAAGAGCUUCACUCAAUCCUCCCACCUGGCCCGGCACCACCUCAUCCACACAGGAGAGAAGCCACAUCAGUGCUCUGAGUGUGGGAAGAGCUUCACGCAAUCCUCCAGCCUGGCCCAGCAUCAGCACAUCCACAAAGGAGAGAAGCCACAUCAGUGCUCUUAGUGUAGGAAGAACUUCACCUAUUCCUGCAGCCUGUGCUGAACACCAGUGCAUCUACACAGGGGAGAAGCAACAUGGGUGCUCUGAGUAUUGGAAAAGCUUAACCCAUCUCUCCCACCCAUCCUGGAAUCAGCAGGUCCACACCCGGAAGCAUUCCUAAUUCUGCCAGCAGUGCAGGAAGGCCUUGGAGCUGUCUGCCUGCUCAGCACCCACCAGUGGCUGCAUUCAGACAGGCACCCUGAUGCUGGUGGCCUGGAGAAAGAGUUCCCCCAGGCUUUGUCCCUUCUAGGGUACAGUGGGAUUCCAGAGCCCAGAGGCUGGCCCACAAGGUUUGAUUGUGGGGAGGGGCUAACAGGAAACACCUCAGGCAGAGGUCUGCCCAAUGCAGGGGAAGGAGAUGAGGAGGAGAUGAUGUUUGCAUCAGCCUUUGCAUUUCCCAUCAUUCUCUAAAAGCAGAUGGUAAUCCUAGGGGAAGAAGUGCCUUCAUGGUAGGGUGCCCUCCCCAAGACAGCUGGCUUCAGAUGACACCCAGGGGCUUUCCUUGGCUGCCUCCCAGCUUUCUCCUUCCUCCUGGUCCAGGGGUUUCUGGUAUAUGAGCCCCUGAAUUACAAGGACGAAUGCAUUUACAGCUACGGAAGUAUUCCCUACCCUCCUUCAUGAUGUUGCCUUUCCUCACCACCACAUCACCCCUCUCCUAGACCUGCCGAUGCCUAGUGAUGUCUGCAAGGAGCUGCUGCUGCCAGCCCCGGAGCCUUUUUGGCUUGUUUUGCUUUCCAGCCUCUGCGGAACUGUGCAGCACUGGGCACCUGCUCUUCCCUCCCCUCCCUCCCUUCGUUGCAUUCUCUCAUGCAUUCCCUGCUAGUAAAGCCCCUGAACAGAA